AGUGCCAUGAUAGUAAAUGAAUAGCAACUCAUUUGUGUCGACUACACUUUCUUAUCGGCUACUGACUUGGAGAACUCGAAGUUGCAUUGGUAUAAUGGCUGAGGUUACAUGUUACCAGAUGUGGGUGGCCGGCGAAGAGCGACCAGGCAAGGGUGAGCUCAUCCCAAUUGAAGAUCCCGCUACAGGGGAAAUAUUUGCGACUUGCCAUGCCGCUUCGGAAGAGGAUGUCAACGACACUAUCACGCUGGCCCAAGCCGUAUUCAAAUCCGGCGUCUGGUCGCGAGAGUCACGGCACCGUCGCGCCGAUGUGCUAGAUAAGUCCGCGAUGCUUUUAGAAGCUGAGCUGCCGGACUUGAUUGCGCUUGAAGUGCGACAGACAGGACGGGCGGUUCGCGAGAUGAAAGCGCAAGUUCCGUCGCUCGUGCGCUGGCUCAAGUACUACGCCUCCCUCCUGCGCGUCGAAGAGCGGCCCCUACUACCUACAAUGGGCAAGCUGCAUAACUUCGUCGAUCGCGUGCCACUCGGCGUCGUCGUACAGAUUACGCCCUUCAAUCAUCCACUGCUUAUCGCCGUCAAGAAAAUCGCGCCGGCCCUUGCGGCUGGGAAUUCGGUCAUUGUGAAGCCGAGUGAAUUGACACCACUGACCACGCUCAAGCUUGGCGCGAUUCUGAAAGCCGCCGGUCUCCCGGAUGGCGUGUUCAACGUUCUUCCAGGAUAUGGAGCCCUAACUGGUAAAGCUCUUGUGUCGCAUCCUCUCGUGCGCAAGGUUGAUGUCACCGGCGGCGAAACUGCAGGGCGCGCAAUAGGUGCACUAGUCGGCGGAAAUCUAGCCCGGUAUACGGCCGAGUUGGGCGGCAAGGCGCCUCUCAUCGUGUUCAGCAGCGCGAACAUCAAGGUCGCCGUGAACGGAAUUGCCUUCGGUAGUUUCAUAGCAAGCGGGCAGACGUGCAUUGCUAGUACUCGCAUCAUCGUCGACAACAAGAUCUUCGAUACAUUGUUGGAGACUUUGAAAGCCAAGACCGAAUCUAUAGCCAAACGCAUGGGCUCGCCGACGAAUCUAGAUUCCAUGAUGGGACCCCUGGUUUCGGCCAAGCAGUUGCAGAAUGUGGAAGGACUGGUAGACGAGGCCGUCGGGUCCGGGGCGGCGGAAAUCGUGACUGGUGGCAAGCGGUUGACUGGCGUGAGUGGGCUUGACGGGACGGAUUUUUCGAGAGGAUAUUUCUAUGAGCCCACUGUUUUAGUGCAGGCUGCUGCUAUACCGAGGGAGCAGUUCCGGAGAGCUGCCAUUUGGCGCAAGGAAAUCUUCGGACCCGUCAUCGUGGUGGUUGGAUUUGACACCGAGGCAGAAGCGUUGGAACUGGCGAACGACAGCGAGUACGGCCUCGGAGCAGGAAUCUGGACCCAAGACAUGUCGCAGGCUUUCCGCGUGUCAGAGCAAAUUGACGCCGGAAUCACCUGGGUGAACACGCAUCAUCGCAAUGACCCCAGUAGUCCUUGGGGUGGAAGCAAGACCUCGAGUGGCCUCGGUGUCGAAAAUGGAGUUGAAGCCUAUCAGGCGUACACCACGGCUAAGAGUACAAUCAUCAGUUAUGCAUCGACGGAAGAGGCGUUGGCAUCAGAUGAUUGGUUCAAGGACAGCCCCGGAGCUGUGAGGUAUGGUUAAGAGGUGCAUCAGGAUGGUCCAUCUGCUGGUGAAGCGCGUUGCGAUAUUAGUUAAUUAUUGACGUCUAAUGC